AAGGGUUUCAGGAGGAUGGCUGCGGCCGCUCAGCCAAUUCCCAAUUCUCAAACCCAAAAAAGGAAACUGGAGAAAUCGAAACUCCUGGGGAAGGCAAGGGGAGGGCCAGGAGCAUCGCUCUGCGUCCGGACCUCGUCGCGCAGUGCUCGCGCCAUGAACCGCAGCUCCCAGCCGCUCUUCAGCGGCGCGCACACCGGCGUCCCCCCGACCUACGAGAUGCUCAAGGAGGAGCACGAGGUGGCCGUGCUGGGGGCGCCCCAGACGGCGGCCCCCGUGACGACCACCGUGAUCAACAUACGCAGCGAGACCUCUGUGCCCGACCACAUCGUCUGGUCCCUGUUCAACACGAUCUUCCUGAACGUCUGCUGCCUGGGCUUCGUGGCGUUCGCCUACUCCGUGAAGGUGGGUGGUGCGGAGGGUCCCCGG